CUCCUCGCGCGCCCCUGCUGGCCGCGCCUGCUCGGCCUGGGAUCGGCGCUUCCUCCUCCCUCUCCAGUCCCGGCUGCGGGGAGGGAAGAAGCGGAGGGGGACCCGGAGGAGCCAUGGCUGCCCUGGCCCAGCUGCCGCGGGGCGGCUGGAGAGCCGGGCCGGCGGGACACCUGGGGGACCCUGGCCGGCGGCAGCAGCGGCUGCUCCUGGGGCUGCUGCUGGCGGCGGCGGGGCUGGGCGCCCGGGCAGAGCCGCUGCUGGCCUCCGGAGCGCGGCCCGUGGCGCUAGAGGAGGAGAUUGUGUCCGAGAAGGCGGCCGAAGCCAGCCACCGCCAGGACAGCGCCAACCUGCUCAUCUUCAUCCUCCUGCUCACCCUCACCAUCCUCACCAUCUGGCUUUUCAAGCACCGCCGCGCGCGCUUCCUGCACGAGACGGGCCUGGCCAUGAUCUACGGUGUCCUGGUGGGUGUCGUCCUUCGCUAUGGCAUCCACAUUCCCAGUGAUAUCAACAACGUGACUUUAAGCUGCCCAGUGCAGACCAGCCCUGCAACUCUGUUGGUAAACCUCAGUGGGAAGUUCUACGAGUAUACCCUGAAAGGGGAAAUCAGUUCCCACGAACCUAAUAACGUUCAGGAUAAUGAGAUGCUCAGAAAGGUGACAUUCGAUCCAGAAGUAUUCUUCAACAUCUUGCUCCCUCCAAUUAUAUUUUAUGCAGGAUACAGCUUGAAAAGGCGGCAUUUCUUUCGAAACCUGGGAUCCAUCUUGGCAUACGCUUUCCUCGGAACGGCCAUUUCCUGCUUUGUGAUAGGGUCCAUCAUGUAUGGCUGUGUUUCUCUGAUGAAGGUGAUGGGACAGCUUGGAGGAGAUUUCUACUUUACUGACUGCCUCUUGUUCGGUGCCAUUGCCUCUGCUACUGACCCAGUGACCGUACUUGCCAUUUUCCACGAGCUUCAGGUGGAUGUUGAACUGUAUGCCCUUCUGUUUGGCGAAAGUGUUCUCAAUGAUGCCGUUGCCAUUGUCCUGUCUUCCUCGAUUGUAGCCUACCAACCAGCAGGGGACAACAGCCACACUUUUGAUUUAACGGCAAUGUUCAAGUCCAUUGGGAUUUUCCUGGGGAUCUUCAGCGGAUCAUUUGCCAUGGGAGCAGCUACUGGAGUCGUGACUGCUUUGGUCACCAAAUUCACCAAACUCCGUGAGUUCCAGCUGCUGGAAACAGGCUUGUUUUUCCUGAUGUCUUGGAGCACCUUUCUAUUGGCUGAAGCUUGUGGCUUUACAGGUGUUGUAGCUGUGCUGUUUUGUGGCAUCACUCAGGCCCAUUAUACUUAUAACAACUUGUCCACCGAGUCCCAGCACAGAACUAAACAGUUGUUUGAGCUCCUCAAUUUCUUGGCUGAAAACUUCAUCUUCUCCUACAUGGGCCUUACGCUGUUCACCUUCCAGAAUCAUGUGUUUAAUCCAACGUUUGUAGUGGGAGCUUUUCUGGCUGUAUUCCUGGGGAGAGCUGCAAACAUUUACCCUCUCUCUUUCCUGCUUAAUUUGGGGAGAAGAAACAAGAUCGGGACAAAUUUCCAACAUAUGAUGAUGUUUGCUGGCCUCCGUGGAGCCAUGGCUUUUGCACUGGCCAUUCGGGACACAGCCACCUAUGCGCGGCAGAUGAUGUUCAGUACAACUCUUCUCAUCGUCUUCUUUACCGUCUGGGUGUUUGGAGGUGGCACCACUCCUAUGCUGUCGUGCCUUCAUAUCAGGGUUGGUGUGGAUGCAGAUCAGGAGAACGUGGGAGUGCCGGAAAAUGAAAGGAGAAGUACCAAAGCAGAGAGCGCUUGGUUAUUCCGGCUGUGGUACAACUUCGACCAUAAUUACCUGAAGCCCCUCCUGACGCACAGUGGUCCUCCUCUAACGACGACGCUCCCAAGCUGCUGCGGCCCCAUUGCCAGGUGCCUGACCAGCCCUCAGGCUUAUGAGAAUCAAGAGCAGCUGAAAGACGAUGAUUCAGACCUUAUUUUGAAUGACGGAGACAUCAGUUUGACCUACGGGGAUUCCACCGUGAACACAGAUUCUUUGACCUCUGGCGCAUCUCGAAGGGCGGCGGGAAACGGUUCCGAGGACACCCUGGACCAGGAGCUUGGGUUUGGGGACCACGAACUUGUCAUAAGGGGCACACGCCUUGUUCUCCCCAUGGAUGAUUCAGAGCCACCCUCAAAUGUAGUAGACAAUGCCAGACAUGGGCCGGCAUGAGAUCUGCUGGUAACAAGGUGAUCAGUAAAAAACCCCCACAUACGAUCAUGAAGAAAAAUGUACUACCUACAACAAAAAAACUACUGCAUGGCUCAGAAUGUCUAAGCUGUAUAAAUAUUACUUAUUUAUAUGGUGUUAGGAGAAUAUAACUACCCAUAUGAGACAACUUGUGAAGAGCGACUCUUAAUUUUCAUAAGUGAAACUCAUGUGUAGCAGUGGAACUGUUUUAGAACAAAUAUCCGUUAUGAAGGGGGAAGGGGGGGACUGCUGCCAAUAUCUUCCCUCCCAACUUGUGUCAAAUAGUCUGCUUUUCUUUUGCAAUUUCCCAUCACUUACCUGAGAGUAGGAAGGAGGUAGUGGUGGUGGUGGCAUCUUGGGUUGCGUUUUGCCACGUCCAUCUCAGGUGGUGAGCAGGUGGUUUUGGUUGCCUUCCUUUAGUGGAUGGCAGCUCUGGAGACUUGAAAUUUCCUCUCUGUAGCACUGCUAUAGGAUUUGUUAGAACAGACCUUGAUAUUAUGAUGGCCUGCAUGCUAAACCUGCCACCAGCCGAUAAGAAGCUGUGAUGGUGAUAGAGUGCUUGGAUGAAACGGUCAAGGAGCAAAUGGUCAGUGGCUUGUUGACAGGAGCCGCUUGCAUCUGUCCUUCAGUUGCAGCAGGUGCUUCUCAUAAUAAUGCUCCAGGUGAUUCAUAAAAGCAAGUUCUUUAAGAUUUCUGCUUGGAUUGAAGUUGGGUGUUUGUUUUCUUUUUGUGUUUAAAUUUCUCUCAUGCCUUAUUCCAUAGGGCCAGGGCAGGUUCUGAGUUAUGAAGCAGUCAAAGUGGGCAAAGUUUGGUUUUUCACAUAGAGAAUUAAGUAGUGUUUCUAGGUCAAUUAACAGCCAUACGAAGCCAUUGCUGGCUCCCUUUCUAAACUUGCAACUGAGUGGCUGUGCCUUUCAGCUAUGUCAAAAUUUUCUUCUUGCUGCAUAGCUGCCAAGAAGACCAGUUCCACACCAUAUCAUGGAGUUCAGCUGUGUGAACAGGACAUGCAGAGGUUUAAGACUCUUAGGUGUGGGUUUUCAAAAGUGGCAGUUUAGGUAGUACCGAAAGGGAGUUGUCUGUCCAUCCAUCCUGUAUAGUUGCGCUUUGGUUUGGUCACUUCUUCGCAUGCUUAUGUGACUAUAAAAAAACUACAACCUUUGGUUUUUGUUCUUGUGUCUCUUUCAUGUUAAAUGAGAAAUAUAUUUGUGAGCUGCCAUAGAUUAUUUACAUGUUUUUGUUUUGUUUUGUUUUGCCUAAGGAAGAGCACUGAACAACUCGCUGAUAGUGCACUUGGUGUAUUCAGCCUCAUCCUGCCAUGAUAUUUUUUUAUUAAGCCUUUUGAUUUAGUUUGUUUACUUGGUGCAGUGGGUGUUUUUGGGAAGCCAUGAUUUCUGAAUGCCAUGUUUUCUUCAGAGAAAACAGUUGCCAUAUAAAACCUUUCAAUGUACAGCUCUUAUUUCUGCCCCUUUUCUCAGAGCGCUAUAGGGCUGUACAAACUUAACACUUUGCUCUGCUAACACAAAAGUGUGAUGACCCUGAAAAAAGAAGAGAAUCCGGUUUUGAUUUGUUUGAACAUCAUUCCAUUUAACAACAGUACAAAGAAGAGAGAGAGAGAGAAGCUGGAGAGAAGCAAAGCCACCCCCUAAAGGCAGUAGAUUCCCUAACUCGGUUGCAGCAGGAUGUUGGGAAAGGUGUGGGGAGUCAGGCCCCUAUGUGGUGGAUGUGCCCCAUAGCACAAGGUUUAUGGAAGACAGGCAGCUGCAGCAGGAGAGGGAGAAGCAGCCUGGACUAUCUCCUCCAGGAGGGAGAGUGUGGCACAUGUUCACACCUGCAAGAGAGCUUGGCUUCUUAGGGGUGCCAGCCGGACUUCUUGUAUUUAUAAGAAUUGGGGGCCUUUGACUUUCAUCAGUGGGUGAUGGUUCCCAUCUUUUCCAGCACUAAGCAGGAAACACUUAAGUGCAAAAGUAGCAGGAGGUGGAGUUCUUGCAAUACAGCCAAGAAACCAAGAUAACUUCUCUCUCUUUCUUUUCAAACUGUUUUUUUAUGUUCUCAGGUCUGAAUGUCAUGCCUUAAGUAUGCUUCCAUGCAGUUCCUUGUUAUUUAUGUCCUUUCUUUCUGGCUGCAUCCAGCCAUAGAGGUUGUUCAUGCAAGCCCUAUUGAAACGAAGGGAAAUUUUUCAAGAACAACCCCGAUUCAUGUUUUUCUUCUUCUCCUCCAGCUUGCACAAGAGAAGUAGGACCUCCACUGCACCUAAAAAAUUAAUAAAUGCCGGUUUCCAUUGUUAUCAUAGGAAUUCGUUGUUGAGUACUGAUACAUCCUUUCCCCCCCUCCCCCCGCUAUGCAGGAAUUCCAUGAAGUAUGUGUGUGUAUUUUUAUAUGAUGUCUGUAUCUUAAAAGUUUGAUGUUAAAACAGUAAUAGGGAAAAUGUUCAUGAGUUGAGAUUUUUACAUCACCUGCACAUUAAUGAUUUCCUUUGUUUAAGGCUUUUCCAAACAAGAGUCAAUGACCUCUAUAUCCCCCUCUUAUUAAAUAUUUUGUAAACUGUAAUAUAGCCAGUAAUCAUAUUGACAAAAAUAUCCCCGUCUGAUACUGUGGAAUGUUGUGAAACAAACUUCCUUGUCAAAUCUUCUUCUAGUCCACAGGGUGUCGCUGCACUCCUCACCUGAACAGGGAGAGUGCCUGUGCCCCUUGGUGCCCCCUUGGACCUUGUUCUGAUGAACUUUUUUUGUAGGUAAUACCAGAGGGAAAUAAUUCUUAGGCUCACAUUGGCCGCCUCCCUUUUCUGUCUUCCCAUUGCAGAAAGUAGCCCAUGUCACAGCGUUGCAAUGCUGUGUCUGUGCCAGUCACCUCUCAAUACAGGAGAGCCAGAGAGGGGCUACCAGUAGCAGAUUCAGUGAGAUCUUGAUGCAGCUGAAUCCAGUAAAGUGAAACACUAAAAUGUUAAAAAGAAAUAAAUGCACACACUUCAGUGCCACGAUAAAUAAACCAGAUUGGCAGGGUGUAAACAAUACAAUUGUUGUUGUUGUUGUUGAUUGAUAUAGAUGUUUAAAUACAAUAAUAAAUAAAAUGAUAGAUCCAGAUAUGAGAGGCAACAAAUGAUGCAUAAGAUCAAAUGCAGAUCAUCCAGACAGACUAGAUUUACUGGGACAAAUCAUAUGGAGAAAUGUUUUGGAUCACUGAGGAAGUCCCACAUGGUUGGAACACAUUUUGGUCUUGGCACAAUUGUUUGUCACAAGAGUUGGUUGAUCAGGCAUCGAUUGGAUAUAUCAGUAUAUUUAUUAAUCCCUUUAUUUUAUUUGAAUACAUUUUAUCUCUCGUGGUAUUAAAGCUUGCAUACUUCUUUCUAACAUUUCUGGAGUAGCAAGUUUUAUUCUUUUGAUCUUACCCAGUUCACUGUUCUGUGUCUUGCUUUGGAGGUUAAGGCCCACGCACCCUCUUUGCAAUAUAGCAUCCCGUCAUUCUUUACUGUCUCGCUGGGAAGAGAAGGAUGAAGUGCAUUCAGUAGCCAAAGUCUUCCUCCCUUUUGCAGAAAAGGGUAGAAAAAUGUUCCCUCUUUGUUGUCAAUAGCAGUCAUGGAAAGUUCCCAUAACCCUGUAAGGUGGGAGCAAAGUUGCAAGUUGUCAUUUGUCGAAGUGGGCACUUGGGAAGAAUAUAGGUUCCCUGGCACAAGUGAUGUAUUCAUGCUCAAAGUGGGGCACGAACAGCAGGCACAGAUAUUAUCCCUGCCAUGCUCCAGAGGAGACAUAUGGGGCUCUUUCAGUCUCACUUUCCAAAAUGGUGGCAAUUGAAUGUACAUAAUUUAUGGGUGAGAGGAUCCGCUGCCAGCAUUGCUUCUGUAUCUUAGUUAUGAAUUAAGGGUUUGUAGUCAUCCACAUAAAUUUUGUGGGUUGCUGUUCUGGCCAGGAUCCCUGCCCUCGAUUUCCCUUUGCCCAGACUGAGCAUCUCUGCUAAAAUGAAAUGCCAUUUUUAAAAAACAAACUCUCUCUUUAUGUAGUAGUAAGCUCCCCAUCUUUGUUUCAUACAUUUAGCUGCUUGGCAUGUUUAUGUCAACAGGCUGCUGUAAGUUCCAGAUUUCUGUUGCUUAUUAGAUGAAUAUUCUGUUUUCGUCAGGGUGAUUGUUUUGGUCCCAGAUUUUAUUGCAUGUGAAUAAUAAAGAGAACCUUUUAACAGAACUGAUUAAAGACAUAUACUUAAAUUGCCCAAGGUUCACCCAUGAUUUGCCAGAAAUAACUCCUAAUAUUUUGUAUUGACUAAUUUAUUUGAUGUUAAUGUAGAACAUUAUUUGUGCUUAAUAUCUCCAGGGGGUCUUUGCACUCUUCCCCCAUCCUUAAUGACCUCGAAUACAGCUGUGGGAACUUACUACCUCCCAGGUCCAGGUAUGGACCCUGAUAGGCCGUGUCUGGUGACACAGGAGCAUAAUCCUUGAUAAAAGGAUUAAGAAACCCCUUCCUUUGGAGCUGUCUUUUCUCUGAACAGAAUGGACACAUUUUUCUGCAUCAGAUGACACUGUAUGUCAAGUUCUGGUUUAUUCUACUUACUAUUGGAAUUGUCUGUUGGAAUUUCAUGGUACUAUUAACUGCUAUAGUUGUGGUGUUCUUGUAAUUAUAUUCUGAAGCAUAAUUGCACCUUUUUUGGUUUAUGAUAACUAAAUCUUUGAUUGUUCCCUGCACUGUGAAAGGAAAAAAGAAUCAUGGGCCUAUAAAAAAUAAGUUUGUUUCUUUGGA